CUCUGUUGGAGCUAUAACGAUGAGAAGCACCGUAAUGGAUUAAAAUAGUAAAACUAUAUUACCUUUUUUUUUAAAUAUUAUUAAGGUGUUUUAUAUAAAAUAGAACAACAUUUUAUUUUAUCUGAUAUUACUUUAGUAUAUACACAUCAACAGAGUGAUACAUAACAGAUACAGAUGCGAUCACGCACUUCUUGAGUUAUUUUCAACAUUGAACAAUAUCGCUUGCCUUUUCGCAAUGUUUGUCAGACGUUUUGUCAAACUUCGUUGUGACUUCAGAGAAAUCUACCGGUCAGGACAAAUUCUGCCAGCAGUUGCAGUAAGAUUGCAGCACAGUGAUGCCCAGGGACUCAGUCAUCUCGUCCCCUCCUCUCGUCCAGAAACAUCCAAGGCAAAAACCCUGAUGGACAUUGGCACACGCCGGAUUUUCAAUGAAGACCAUGACAUCUUUAGGCAGAGUGUGCGGCGUUUCUUUCAAGAAGAGGUAGUGCCGCAUCACACAGAGUGGGAGAAGGCAGGCCAGGUAAGCAGGGAGUUAUGGGAAAAGGCCGGUGAGCAAGGCCUGCUGGGAGUUAUGACCCCAGAGGACUGCGGAGGUAUUGGCGGAGACCUGCUCUCAGCAGCUGUAACGUGGGAAGAACAAAUGUACUCUAAUUGUUCAGGACCAGGUUUUGCGCUUCACUCUGACAUUGUCAUGCCCUACAUAAUCAACUAUGGCAGUAAGGAACAGAUUGAACACUUUGUUCCUCAGAUGAUUGCUGGAAAAUGCAUCUGUGCCAUUGCCAUGACUGAGCCAGGAGCGGGCAGUGACCUUCAAGGUGUGCGGACAUACGCUAAACGUGACGGGAGUGACUGGAUCCUCAAUGGCAACAAGGUUUUCAUCACUAAUGGCUGGAUGGCUGACCUGGUGGUGGUUGUUGCCGUGACUGACCGUGAGGCUAAGACGGCAGCCCAUGGCAUCAGUCUCUUCCUGGUAGAAAAUGGCAUGAAAGGUUUUCAAAAAGGGCGUAAGCUGGAAAAGAUUGGCCUGAAGGCACAGGACACUGCUGAACUUUUCUUUGAGGAUGUUCGGCUCCCAGCGGGCGCACUCUUAGGUGGGCUCAACAAAGGUUUCUACUACCUAAUGAACGAGUUGCCGCAGGAACGUCUUGUGAUUGCAAACAUGGCUAUCGCGAGCUGCGAAUUCAUGUUUGAGGAAACCAGGAGCUACGUGCUGCAGAGGAAAGCAUUCGGAAAGACAAUUGCUCACCUGCAGACAGUGCAGCACAAACUGGCAGAACUAAAAACCGAAAUCUGCGUGGGCCGUGCGUUCCUUGACAGUUGCCUACAGCUACAUGCUGAGAAACGCCUUGACCCAUCCACUGCUUCCAUGGCUAAGUACUGGUCGUCUGACCUGCAGAAUAAGGUUGCCACGCAGUGCCUGCAGCUUCAUGGUGGCUGGGGGUACAUGUGGGAGUACCCCAUUGCUAAGGCAUUUGUAGAUUCUCGUGUUCAGUCCAUUUAUGGAGGAACGAAUGAGAUCAUGAAAGAGCUCAUCGCACGGACCAUCGUCAGCCAGAAAUGAGCCAGAAACCCUCUCAACCUGUUUAGGUGGCGUACCGUUGAAAAAUGUGCAAACAAAAAGAUAAUAUAGACUAAGCAAAAAACUGGGAGUUGAACUACUAAUGCAGAAUGUUCAGAAGACAACAGUGCUCAUUGUUCUAAAACUUUUCAUUGUUCUAAAAAAAAGUUUGUGGUUUAAUCCUCAUUUUGUUUGAUUGUCAAUAUAAAAUAUCAUUAAGUCAGUUAAUUGGUCAGACUCAUUCUAUACAUAAGUGUUUUCUGUUUACAAUUGAUAUAAAUAAAUUUGCUAUAAAAGCAGUCUUAGUACGAAACAUUUAUAGAUGCAUACUGAAUUAAUGCAUUUAAUUUUUUAGGGAAAUACUAUCAAAGUACU